GUCAGUGUGGUCCUGACUCGUGUGGCGUGAGGAGUGAUAGUUCUUGCUCUCCCUUAGGGUUGUAUGAAAAAGUGUUUUAGAACGUUAUCGAGAAAUAAAAAGUGGUCGUACAGCGGUAGUGAUUACUCAUGAAAAAGUGGUUUCGCUCGUUAUUUGUGGUAUCCGGUUCCUCCUCGUGUAGUUCGCGUGGUGAAGACUAACCCUUCGAGUGACUGCAGGAAUAUGGCUGCAGCUGUUGUCAUUUACCAAGGGAACGUGGAGAACGUGCGUUUGGGUCGACCUCUGCCGUUCCAGCUCAUUAUGAAACGACUUGACUACACGACCACAUUUUCUACACCCCUGGCCUUCGUUCUCUCUAUGAUGACAAACUUCGAAGGUGUCCUCUGAUGUCGACGCAACACACUACAGGUUAAAUGGAACUUCCUAGCCCUUUGCGUUCCAGCAUCCCGUGACAGGCCCUAUCUUUGUUCAAAAAAAGGGUGAACGUCACCCGGAGCGCCGCCAUGUUCCCCCGCCAGCCGCCCCCGAUGCAGUGGGCCCCCAGGGAUUAUGCGGCUUAUAGUGCCACGGCGCUGAGGCCGAGGGGCGCCCCGGCCUUGGCAUCCGGUCAGGGGAACCAGUGGAUCGCCCCCAGCCGCCCUCCCUUCCCGCCCCAGCAGCAGUUUGGUGGAAGUCCCCAGGUACCACCACGUCCGACGGGGUACCCUGUGGCGCACGUGUCGCCUGGUGCGCCACAGGGGAGGUAUGGUACGUCACUGGUAUCAGCGGAAGGCAAUUCAGACGUCCAGUUCCUUGGGUAUAAACGGCCCCCGCAUGCAGGUACCAGUAUGCAACCAGUCACGGGAAAUAAAGUACAAGAAGAAAUCAGGGAGUUUAUGGAAGUGAUGCAACAGCAUAGAUACAAAAUGCAAGCUCCGCACCAUUCCCAGGUCGAUCAAAUAGAUUUCCAAAACCGGAAUAGCGCUUACUUCCAAGAAAUGAGACGAAAACUCAUGCAAUACCAGAGUCGACUGAAUUCUGCAGUGAAUCCCCAACACAGCCCCGGCCCUCCUUGCAACCAGUCCAAUAAGAAUGCCCAGUACGAUCCGAAUCAAUCCAGAGCCUCGAGUGCCUCUCCGGAAAGUGCCUCCGUCGAAGUGAAUUUCGCAGAUUCCAGACUUUCCUUCAAAAUCCCAGUUCUAAGGAGAGACCCCAGAUCCGCUUACAGCAGCUCAAGGGCUCUUAGAAAUUCCGUAUCAAACAUCGAAUCGCCCUCUUGCGUGGAGUCCAUAACAAGUUCCCAGACAAUUAAGACGUCGCCAGUAACUUCACCAGACCCUUUGUGUAACAUGCAGAAUUGGAGUGCGCCAAAUGCUGCCAGUGUUCAUCCUACUCGCCCGGACAGCAACCCUUAUCCGCAGCCCCCAGAAAGUACUCGACUGACCCACGAGAAUAACGAGCCGGUGACUAACUUAGGCUCUCCCCAAGCCACUAAUGCUCACUUCCAAAACCAAGCCGUAGGAGAUCCAACGGUUUCUUCUACCAUAAGAAGCCCUGUUUCGCUUGAGCCCGAAGAACCUCCCACGACCAACGAGAAAACUGCCCUAACAGAAAAUGCCGUUGACGCAAGAAAACCCAGCGAUCCCGUACCCAGCGAUCCCACGCCAAAGGCCAACGUGUUCAAACCUCCAAGGCGAAUGUUUUCCAGGAAAGGGAAGUGCCUGUCCGGCCUCUUUCGAAAGACCCCACAAGGUUUCCCACAUGUCUCGUUCGAUUUCGAAGUGAACUGCUUUUUGUGCAAUAGAAUGGCGGCGGGAAACAACGUGUACGAGCACAUGUUUUUCGGGAAUUUGAAAUGCAUAGAGUGUGGUCAUGUAGUGAGGUCGUGCGAAGACUUCAAGAUUGUCAGACACAGCAAUGUGGAGUGUGGUGCCAGUAAAAGAAAACACAGACUUGCCUCUUGGGCUGAUUGUCCUGUGGAAUUCUUAGUGUAUAGUUUGGAACAAUCCUUAGUGAGUAAUAGAACAGAGGACUGUGCUCCUCCGUCAACUUGUGACGUUACAGAUGAACUGGAGAACUACAUGAAAAAGCUGUCACUACUUCGGUUUUACAAGCCAUGGAAAUCUGCAUUCAGGAAAUGCUCCGAAUAUGUAAAAAGUAUGAAUAAGCCAGAAGAUGCACAGGAAGCGAUCAGUAGGGAAGAGGUGGCCAGUGUUAUUCCUGGAGAUACAGAGGAAGAAACCAA